UUCUACAUUAAAAAAACGUGUUUUUUUCCUUACAGGAAAAUGCUCUGAACAGCUCUUACUUUUCAAUGUGUGUGGAGUUGGAUUUUUUUUGUUCUUGGUCAUCUCGCCCCUGAUUUGAUGGCGAGGAAACCCCGUUGACAAGGCACGCUUCAUGACGUUGUCAUGGACGAUGAUGAUGACCGUGAUCUGCGAGAUGUUAUUGGUGAUGUACAGGCAUUGAAUGAUUUUCUUCAUGGACCUGGUAGUCAAGAAAUAGAUGAGGAUGAUUUGCUUGGUUCAGCCUGCACUAUUGACAACUCCAAUUCACUUUUUGCUGAUGCCAUUAGUGCUGACCCUACCUCUUCUACUAAAGAUACACAUAACCAUAUUGGAGAAGAAUCCUCAAGACUGCAAUUAGCAAGUAGUCUUAAUGUUUUGGAGGAACUGGAUACCUCUUCACCGCUCUCAAACUUAAAUGGGGACCAGCCUUUUGAUAUUCUGCAGAAAUCUCUCCAGGAGGCUAAUAUCACUCAACAAACGUUGCAGGAGGAAGCAGAUUUGGCGGCUGGUAUUACUUCUACCCAGGAUUUUUCUCAAACUUCACAUCAUGCUGCAUCCUUUUCUCAGGUUUCACAGUUACCUUCUGGCACUUCAACAGUAAGAGGCCUGACACAGCAGCAGAUGAAUGUAACACCGGCUCCCAUUUUGCAGCAAGUUUUGAGAACACCCUUUGUGAAUAAUGAAACUAAUGUACAGCCUGGUUUUUUUCAACAAAUGGGCAUCAACAGUGUUGCGAUUCAGCAUGUACCUAGCAGCAACCAAGCUGGUGGUAUUGGACCAAUCCAGCUGAUUAGUUCAUUAGAUACUCAACAGCCUCCAAUGACUCUUAAUCACCUUGAAGGGUCUCAUUUUAUAUCGAAGAGCAGUGGACAACCACCAGCUAUAAACCCUGUGCCUGUAGGUGGUUACAAUAUGUCAUCUCUUCCUAACCAGCAACAAAUGUCCUUGAGUACAUCUGGCUUAAAUGAAACUGGUGGAUUGUUGCUUCAGAGACGAGUGACUGCACUUAAUGGAAACACUUACUGUGGAACCUCUAAUAUUGGCCAGGUACCGCAACCUAUGUCUGUUCACUUCAGUGGUAAUAACAUUCAAACAGCACUGCCUUUGCAUAACAUUAUCAUUCAGAGAGGCCCUGUACCAAGUCAGCCGAAAAUUUCACUGAGUAUUCAGCCUAAGCCUGCUCAAAUGAACCAACAACAAACAGUUUACAAUGUCAACAACUUGGAAUUGCAGACAGCGUUCAAAAUCCAAAAUGAAGUUGCAUUACAACAACAGCAGAUACAGCAUGGCCUUCCUUUUUGUUCCACAAAUGCUGCUCAGAGUUCAUCAGUGGGUCCAUCACUGGGUGUCAAUAUUGCAAAGCAACAGGCGGUUAGAAAGUCUAUUAGACCACAAGUUUUAAAUCAAACUGGAAACAGUAUCAUAAUUCAUCCUCCCAUUGCGCAACAUGAACCUCUUGUAUCCCAGAACCAGUUUUUCAUUCCUACCAGUCUAGCAUUAAAUAUGAAUUCAACUGUUCCACACCUUCAGACUGCAAAUGGACAGAUUCUACAAAAUCGAACUGUAUCAACCCAGUUGGUCUCUAACCAAGUAGCUUCUGAAUGUGUUUUAGCAAAUCGUAAUUCAUCAGGUACAGUGUUGGCUACCCAGUCUUUUUCAGGACAGUUCUUGAAUAGUCAGAAUUCUGCUGGACAGUUGGUUUCUAGUCAAAAUGGCAUGGAGCAAGUUGUUAAUGCUUCAGGCGGGCAGCUGCUAACAAACAAUGGCUCAACGCAGCUAGUUACUGGGCAGGUUCCACUCCACCAGACUUCACAGAUGGUAUUUAAUUUUCCAACCACUCAAGGUGUGCAACCCACUGCUGGUGGUUCAAGCAUUAAUACAGGAAUAUUUAAGCAAUCUGGGCAGAAUGCAGCCCGAGGAAAGUCAUUGCAAAACCAACUUACUGUUUCAAAUACACCUAGUUCUGUGUGCUCCAGCUACGUGUCUACAGUACAGCCUGUAAUAUCGGCAAGCAGUUGUGGUGACCAUGUCACACAAAUGUGUUCCAGUGGUAAUAUUGUAAUGGUUUGUCAGGGAGAGCAAUCUCUUGUGACAGUAGAGUCUGCACAGCAGCACCCACAGUGUCAGCAACAGUUGGGAAUGAAUCAAAUUUACCGGAUUUCCAAUCCUUAUCAUCAAAAUGCAGGUGUGAUGCAGCCCUCUCGACAGGUUGUUUUCAGCCGGACGGACAUGCCAGUAACGCAAACCAGCAAUCACCAACAAUUUCUGUACUCCCAAGCUCCAAAGAAAAUGAUGGCGACAAGUAAACAUCAACCAGUAACUAAUCAUUCCUUGGCUAGCUUGGGACAGCUCUCCAGUCAAGUUUCAGCUUCAGUCUUUGGCAGUCAGACUCUUCCGAGUUCUGUUUCAAAGAUCCAUUCAAAUAAUGGCAUACAACAGCCCCGUAUACCCAACUUAUUGAACAAUACGGGAAUUCAUAACAAAACCACAUGUGCAGCUGUGCAAAUGAAUGACAGCCAACUUCACAAAACAGCUGGUACUUUACAACAGCACUUAGGACAGCUGCAUCCGCUACAGGAUAAAAUGAUAGGACUGCCAGAGAUGCAGAAAAUUUCACAAUUCGAAGGCCAAAAUGUUGGACAGAAGAGACCUGCUUCAAAGCAACUUACUAAAGAAAGUUUGAUUCUCCAGCAAUUACAAGAAGAACAAAGAAAUGUUCUACAACCUGACUAUAAAACACCCUUCAUUUCACUACAGGAUGCCAUGCAACGGCUUCUUCCAUAUCAUGUUUUCCAAGGGAAUCUGCCUUCCCAGGAAGAAUUCCUGAUAGUGGAUAAUGAAUUUGAAGAUGUCUCAGUGCAAUUGCUAAAACGUACUCAGAUGAUGCUCAGCAAGUAUAGAAGUCUGUUAUUGGAAGAUGCAAUGCGGGUAAAUCCUUCUGCUGAAAUGGUGAUGAUUGACCGAGUGUUCAAUCAGGAUGAGAAAGCAUCCCUUAUCCAGGACAAACGCUUAGCUUUGGAGGAUUCUGAUGGCUAUUUGGCAAAAUUCUGUUGCUCCUCUACAGUUCUUAUAAAAUCUGUACCUGAAACACAACCACUAACUGCAGAUAUGAUGCUACAUAAAUCUUUAGCCAGUAGUAGCAGUCAGUCUACACCAGCAAAUGCUACUAUUAACCAGAAAAAUGACUCCUCGAGAUUAGUUCAUUUAGCUUCUUCUGCGACAACGGAAGUCAAAGCAACCACCAACUCUCCCACUAACAGUCCAUGUGUUGGUAAAUCCUACAGUAGCAGUAGAGCACUAAAACUAACAAUCGAGCCAGAGACAUCUUAUGGAACUGGAACACAAAGUAAAUCUUCAAAAACUCAAGAGCGAUCAGACACUGGCAACCAUGGUGGUAAAGUUACUAUUGGUUCUACGCCUGGUUCUGCACAGACUCAAAGCACAAAAGUUUGUGAACCUGCUGUUGAAGCUGUUCAAGUACGUGAAGGAGAUGAAAGUAUGUCUGAUGUUGAGGAGAAGCAUAAUAAUUCUUGUGAUAAAGUCAUUGUAGAAGAUCUAAUGAAGGAAGCACCGGACACUGUUAUUAAUAAGAUUAGUGAUCCCAUUAAAUUGGAACAUGAUGAGCGUGACUCACAAUUGCCUUGGCAUGACCAGUCCCAAAACAGAAAUGCUAAAAGUUCUCAACUGCAAGACUUAACAUGUGUCCAGACUAAAGAGGCAAAAGAAGCACAAUGUGACACAUCACUCCAUGAACAUUUGGAGAGUGCAAUCAAUAGCAUUUUGGAUCUACAACAAGCUCAUAAACCUUCUGACAAUGCUGUCAUCAAAAAUGACUCACCUGAAACUCCUCAUUUUUCAGCCUUAGCUCCUGUGGAGAACUAUGUAGACAAAUGUAUCCCAGAUCAUAAUGAGGGCAUUAGAGAAACAGACUCCAUCUUAGAAGCAGCAGUAAAUAGCAUCUUGGAAUGUUGAUAAUGUGACCCCGAAGGAAGAGAAAUUACAAAGAUUGUCAGCUGUGUUGACAACUUAUAGAGAUAAAGUAGCAUGUUACUCAGUAUUGAGAACAGGCACUUAGAGAUCCUGGAAAGAGGAUAAAUGGAGUAGAAGCUAGGAAAUAGAUUUAUUUUGAAGCAUACUAGUUUGAGUUUAGGAAGAUCCAUUGUAGUUUGUACUUUGAAAAUAAUUAUGGUGGCACCAGGUGCACAUUAAGUCUUUUGUUUAAAGUGGUUAAAAUAUAUUUAAUUUUAUUGAGUUUUGUUUUGAAAGCUCUAAUUUCAUGUAAAAUGUGCUCUUCAAUUUCAAGAGUGCUUUUCAGUUUGUGGUAGUAAUUCAUGUUUUUGUUCAAACAUUAAUGUGUAAGUGUUAUUUUGUGUUCUUCUUGUCUUUUACUUUAUGUAAGAUGUUUUGAGAAUCGAGUGCCAAUAAGUUAAUUUUUGAAUAGUUGAUGAUCAACAUUCCCAUUUAAAUCAAAAUUUAAAACUGGAACUGUAGAUAUUGAAGUGAAAACCCACUUCAUUAUUCAUUUUCCAUUUUUAAUACCACUAAGUAUGAUUUCUUAAGGAAGCUGCUUUAGGUCUUUAAAGACCUAAGUACAAAGUGCAGUGUGGAUGUCCAUAUUGUGAUCCACUGGACUGUAGAUUUAAGAGAUGAUGAUUGCAUUCCCAUUUUGCAGACUUUUUUAUUUUUGUCUUGCACGUGCAACAGUAAGCUUCCAUGCAUAAGUGAGGAGCACAAGUACACGGUUAGAUCAGUGAGGCCUUACAAACUGACUUCACAAGAAGAAACUGUCACUUAUGGACUAACUGGUACAGCACCUUUUGCUUUAACUUCUCUGAUUUGUGUAGUGUCCAGCUAUGGUCCUCCUUAGAAAUGCUUUGUACACAUUUUUAAAAUAUUUAUAAAGAUUUUUUGUAAAAAAAAAGAAAAAAGGAAACGUCAAAGUUAUUUUUGUUAUGUUGGUUCAGUACCUGUAUAUAAAGCAUGGUAAAACAUGAUCUGAAUGAAUUAUUAAAAAAAUAUUUUAGUUGGAUGCUAACAAAACACUGAAUCAACUUGUCAAAUGAGCCAAAGAAUUCAACAAAACCGAUUUAUGUUGAACUUUUCUUCUUUUAAUUUAUUGAAGAUUAUCUGUGUAUUCAAAUUUGUAGCACUGCAGGCUAGUGGCCACCAUUUCUCAAUAUUACAGUUUAUUUGAAUGUUGUGUUGUAAUUAUUUAUUUUGAUAUUCUUUGCACGAGUAGUAACUGAGUCUAUGAUAGAUAUACCUGGAUAGUACAGUAACAGUAAGAAUCUUAGAAUUCUUAAAAUGAUGGCGGAAGAUUGGCACAAAAUAUUUUGAGAUGUGGGAUUUAUUUCUUAUGAAAGGAAGUAUGCUUUGUGAACCAUUAUUUAAUUGCUGCCCUGCCAAAGAUGAAACCUAAUUAAUUUUUGUCGUGUAUUUUUUAAGAUUAGCAAAUUGAAAGAUUUGUACACACAGGAAGCAACAAAAGUCCUUGAGUUGAAUCCCCAGCCUUAAAGACAAUAAACUAAGAAAAAGGCAUGUUUCAUUGAUUGUUAAAUUUGUAAAAUCCCCAUUCAUGUGAACUUUGAAAAUGUUGAAUAUUUUUGGAAUUUAAUGUAGGAAGUGUUGAGAAAGCAAACUGAAUCUGAAUAAUGAUAGUUCACCUGUAACUGGGAUACCUGAUGGUUCAGUAGAUAAAUUGCAUUCUUGAUUUGUGGUUCUGAACCAAAUAGACCAGGAAAUUCCCAAACUUUAUUUAAUGUAGAACAGAUCACAAAUUAUUCUUGACUUUAUUACAGUUGGGUUCAGUUCUUCCAUGCCAAGGAGAUUAAUCAAAUAAGGCAGUUUCUAGUGUACUUCUUGUGACUACUGCUGAAACGUAUGUUGGACCAGUAGAGACCACGUUCACUUCCUUAUAUGAAUAGCCCUUCAAUUGUCACUUUUUGUGUUCAGUCUAAAAAUUAAUGAGUAGAGAAAUGCCAAUUUUUGUGGUUAAUAUGACAUAUGAAUCACCUUCUUUGGAGGAGGAGGGGAGAAUUGUUUUUGUAGUAUUUGCUGUAGCAAAUCAUUUUAUAACCGAAUCAACUUAAAACACCGUUAUAGUAUGUCAGAACACUAAUUAAGGAACCUUAAUGUUGAAUUGAUAAAAACAAGGUUUCUGUGUUGAUUGUGAGGUUCAAAUAUAAAAAGUUUAAUGAUGGUAACCUAAUUUAUGGUGAGAUAGAACAGCAACCCACAUUCAGCAGUGCAACAGGAUAUCUUGAUAAUUGAAGUAAAAAGUUACAUGACAGCAUUGACAACCCUCAGCUAGUUUGGUUCCUGGAAUGAUAGAGUAGUUCUAAGGUGAGAGUUGAGUAAAAUAUCUUGAAAACUUCAAAAAAAUGAAGGAUGUAAGAAUUUGAAGGGGUUUGACAAGGUAGACUGUUUAGUUGUUUGUCCUGGCUUGUGAUUCUAGAACAUUGGACCAGAGUCCUAGAAUAUAAUGUCAAUCGUUUUGACCUGAGAUAAAUAGAUUAUUUUUCAAUCAAUAAGUUAUGAAUAUAUUGAAUUCUUUAUAUUCAAGGGUUAAAAUUGCUCAGUGGUUGAGUAUGUUCAAAGCUGAGACACAUGGAUUUUAGUUCCUCCAGGAAGUAUUAAGUGGGAAAGUGGAGUUGGGCAGAUGAUUAGCUACAAUCAUAUUGAAUGGCAGAACAGGCUGCAAGGGUGUGUGGUCUCCUACUUCUGUUUCUUAUGUUCUUAA